UCUCAGCCUAGUCUAUCAGCUCCCCGCUCUUUAAUGUUAGUUAACCAGCUAGCCUAACAUACAGUUGUUGUGGCUAACAAAGCUAAUAAAAAUUGCUAGCGUGUACUGUAGAUAGUUAGCUAUCUCAGGGCUUGGCUUUAAUACCGGCGAAGGCAUAAUAAGAUAAUUAUUGUUGUUUAUUCCUGUUACGAUAAAAUGGCGGAAAAGCCAGAGGCUGGAGACAGCGAAGACGAGGUUGAAGAUGUUUACGAAGUGGAGAGGAUUAUUGACAUGCGAACGGAGGAGGGGGAGGUCCUGUACCGCGUUCGCUGGAAGAACUACUCAUCUGACGAUGACACCUGGGAGCCUGAGGCCCACCUGGAGGAUUGCAGGGAGGUGCUGCUGUUCUACAAGAGGGCUCUGGCAGAGGCUAAGGUCAAGAAAGACCAAGAUGCUAAGAAGGGCAUGAAGCUGCCCAUGAAGAGUGACGUGUUCGAUGCCGACUCUGACAGCGACAGUGAUAAAGACAAGCCCACAGACCUGCCUGUCAAGAAAAAGAAAAAGAAGAAGCCCCAGGAAGAAGAGGCACUUCCCCCGAAGGAGAAGAGGAAAAAGAAGAAAGACAAGCGCAAUGAGGACUUCAGGCCUCGUCCGGCACCAGAGUCUGAUGAAGAGGAGCUUUCCCCUCCCCCGACCCCGGGCCGCAAUACCAAGAUGUCCGACUCCAAGAAGAGAUUUGUUGAAUCUGAUGAUGAGGAAGAAGCCCCCAUGCCCUCCAAGAAGCACAGGAAGGACAAGGCCAAGGAUGGAGGGAAGCAUAGGAAAAAAUAUAACAUGGAGGAAGGGAAGAAGAAAAAGACAAAGAAGGAUCAAAGGGGUGAUCUGGAGUCCACUGAAGAUGAGGCCACCGCCCCCCUGGAAGAGGAGCUUAGCGAGGGGCCAUCUGAGUCCCAGACGGAUGAUACCACACCAACUGAAAAGUCUCGCACUGAUGACAAGCCCAAGAAUAAGAAGGGAAAGUCAGAACUGAAGCUGCAGGGCAUCAAGGACUUCCUUCAGGACAGGAAAGGCAAGAAGCCGGAAACUACUUCGCCCACACUCUCCACAAGUGGCCUUGCAAAACUCAAGAGCCUCGCCUCCUUCAAGAGCCAGAGCCGGGAUGAGCCCACACCAACCUCUGACUCCAGCGACACCCCAGCCCACGUCCACAAGAAGGCCAAGGGCAAGAGCCAGGAGGCCACCUCUGCACCACUGAAAAUCCCCUCAUCCUCCUCUGGUGCAGGGGCCAGCACCAGCAAGGCCCGAGAGGAGGAGUCUAAAGAGGAAGUGGGCGGGGAUAAGGAAACAGCCACCUCCACUAACCUGUUUGAGAAGUUCCUGCUGAACUGUGAGGCCAAGGACCGCGUUCCCCGCAAACAGAUGGUCCACCAGCCCACCCCUGCAGAGAACACUAAACCACCGAAGCUCAUAGGGAAAGUUGAGAAAAGGACCAAGCCGACAAAGGAGUCACCUGCUCGGAAGCCAGAGCCAGACAAGACCAAACAUAAAGACGCAUUUCGGCCCAGUCAGAGCCCCGCUGCUGUGGAGACUAGUGACAAGGCGGAGGCAGAGGAGGAACCCGCCCAGAAGUCAAAGUUUGGCGGAGAGGAACGGAGGGAGGAGGCUCAACGAUUGGAGAGGAGGACCCAAGACGAUGACAGAAGGAGGAGGAGGAGGGAAGACAGCGAGCCACGCCUCUUCAUAGCCUGCGACGACAAUCAAGACGCCUUGGAGAGCGCCGACAAGUCUGACAAAGGACAAGCCUCUCUUAACCUUGGAAUGGACCUCAACUUGGACUGGAUGACACUGGAGGACUUUCAGAAACAUUUGAACGGAGAGGAUGAGAUUCUCUCUGCUCCACCGCUAUCUCCCAGUGAGCUGCGGGAUGCAGUGAAAAGCGGGGAUUACAUGUCUGUGAAACUUGCACUCAAUUCCAAAGAGGAUUACAAUCUAGACCAGGAGGACUCCAGCGGUAUGUCCCUGAGUAUGUUGGCAGCAGCAGGGGGACAGGAUGAUAUCCUGAGGCUGCUGAUAAAGAAGGGGGUGAAGGGGAACGGACGGCAGAAAAAUGGCACCACUGCCCUAAUGCACGCUGCAGAGAAGAACUUCCUGACCACAGUUGCUAUCCUCCUGGAGGCAGGGUCCUACGUCAACGCUCAGACACUGGGAGGAGAGACGGCCCUGAUGAAGGCAUGCAAGAGGGGUAAUGCUGAUGUGGUGCGCCUCCUACUGGAGUACGGAGCCGACUGCAACAUCCUGUCCAAACACAAGAAUACGGCCAUGCACUUCGCCAAGGUCAGCAACAACCUGCUGGUGUAUGAGCUCAUCGAGGACCACAUCAACAUGUUGUCAAAUGUGGCAGAGGACACUAUCCGGGCGUACUUUGAGACUCGGCUGGCCCUGCUGGAGCCAGUGUUCCCUUUGGCGUGUCACAGACUGUGUGAGGGACCAGACUUCUCCCUGGAGUUUGCCUACAAACUAUCGCCGCACACACCUGGAGAGGGCUCAGGCAUCCUGCUCUUCAUCUUCCAUGCUAACUUCCUAGGUGAGAUCACAGCCAGGCUGUGUGGGCCCUGCAGCGUCCACGCAGUGGUACUCAACGACAAGUUCCAGCUGCCUAUUUUCCUGGAUAGUCACUUCAUCUACUCAUUCAGCCCAGUGCCAGGCAUCAACAAACUCUUCAUUCGCCUGGCAGAAUCACCUACAGCCAAGGUGAAGCUUCUCAUCUGUGCAUUCCGUGUUCAGCUACAGUGAUACGUAGCACCUGCCCAGUUUCAGAGUUCGCAAGCUGUCUGGACCCAAAGCACAGCAUGGAAGAUUGCGCAUGAAUCUUGUGUGUGUGUAUGUAUGCAAUCUCACAACAUGGAGAACAGUUUGAGCUACUCCAGGCUACCUUCAGAUAAAGUUGUUGGACAUUCAGCAUCCACCCAGAGUUUGAGAGACUGUCUCUCUGGCAUAGGAUUAAAGGACAAGAACAGCAUCUCAACCCUGUUCAAUCAUGUCUAUUUAUGUGUGUGCAAUUAAUAGUCUAACAAAAGUGUGUGUGUGUGUGUGUUUAGGGGGACAAUAUCCUGAUGUUUUGUUUGGGACCUGGGCGCUCUUGAUGGCAUCGCAGGCAAGGAGUGAAUGAAGAUACUUUGGACCAAGUUAAUGCUUUGCUCAAUUAUACCAUUUUAGACCUUUUUAUAUUUUUGAAUUGAAUAAUUUUUAAUUUUGCCUUUCUGGAGUUGUCUAUAUUUUGUGGUCUGUACAUACACGUGUGAGGUGUCAUAAAUUUGAAUGAUUAUUGUUGAUUUAGGCACCUUUACCACUGUUGGAGUGGGUUAAAUUCUAGCAUGUACAGUGCAAGACGCUUCAGAUGUUAAUUUACUAAUGGUCUAACAUGACUCCUUAAGUGUUGAAUCCUGUUUCCUGGGAUUAGAGGAAACACAUUCUGAUGAAUUCUUUAGUCUAGAACUACAUGAGAGCUUUCUAGAAUGCAUGAUUUUAACUACUUGAACAAAAUAGACAUCCAGAUCACUUGUAGUUGAAGUUGUUGCAAUGACGAUAAUGCAGAGCACAUCCUGGCUAUGCCAUGCCAUUGUAGACGUAUGAUAAAUAUAGGAUAAACAUCUACUGUAAUAUGAAUAGGAAUUGCCGUCCUUGUUUUUAUAAGAUGUUGGAAUUCAUUUGAGGAUUCCUUCUGCCUUAAUAGCCACAUCAUUGAAAUAAUUUCCCCUUUUUUGUCAACUGCUGUGCAAACUGUGGCAACAAAGUAAAAUGGGGUAUAAUUCACAAAAGGAUAAACAUGUCUGUAGUUUUUUCUGAAGAUUUGUCAAUUUUCUUUAUGUAAUUUAAUUACAUUACUGGUCUGUCAA